AUGUGCCUUAAGAUUCUUCCUGGAAUCUACCCAAAGUUCCUCACAGAUCUGAAAAACUUGUAUAGCUCCGAGUUUAAUGAUUACUUGUUCAAGGAGAAACCCUACUUCUUUGUCGGACUCAUCUGGCAUGAGCUUGUGUUCCUAUGGCCUCUCUCCAUUGCUAACGUCUACGCGAUUCUUACCGGGAAGUCUUGGUUCAAUACCACAUGUUUGUUGUAUGGAUCUUCCUUCGUCACUUCAAUGGCUGCUAUCCUUGGAGAUAUGAUAGGUUCAGGGAAGUUCCUCAUCCGACCAAAAAAAUCCGCUCUUCUUGCCAGAAGAAAGCUUUCCUGA